AGUGCAUUAGGAUUUGGUCUAUUAUUAGCUACACGCUCAAGUUUCUUCCUCCCAGACAUGGCAUCCUCGAAAAAGGCGUCGAAAGUCAAGGCAGCAGGCUCCGCGCACCCUGAAACACACAAGGUUGCAAAGAAGAAGGCAGCGGUCAGCGCGCCCGCUACGCCUCCGUCAGAAGAACCUGAAGAUGCCAGCGAGGACUAUACCGAUGAGGAGGACGUGGAUGAAGAGGGCAUGGCUCGUCUCAUGAAGGCGCUGGGAGACGAUGGACUGGGGGAGUAUGAUCUAGCGCAGCUGCAGUUGCUCAAUGCCGAGGACGAUGGCGAGGACGAAGAUGUCGGUUCGGGCAGCGAGGACGCGAGUGAAGGCGAAGAGGACGGCGUGAGCGAGAGUGAGGGUGAGGGUAAUGAAGGUGAGGGAGAAGGCAGCAAUCGUAGGAAUGCAGAACCACAGCAUCCCGUUGCGGAGGACGAAGAGGAUGAAGAGGCCGUGCCCCUGGACGAGGUGGAAUCGGUGGACGAAGAUGCUGUUCCACGCCAAAAGAUCGAGAUCGACAACAAAAUUGCCCUUGAGCGUAUUCGGGAUACUAUCAAGCUAGACCCAUCACUCCCAUGGACCGAGACACUCUCAAUAUCAUACCCUGACAAGAUUGAAGUGGACGUGGAUGAUGACUUGAAUCGUGAGCUCGCCUUCUACAAACAAGCGCUCCAUGCAGCGAACACCGCCCGGGCUCUUGCUUCUCAACACAACCUACCCUUCACCCGUCCUUCCGACUACUUUGCCGAGAUGGUAAAGUCUGAUGCACACAUGGAGCGUAUACGACAGCGACUCCUGAACGAGAGCGCGAGCAUCAAGAAAAGCGAGGAGAAGCGGAGAGAGCGGGAAGGGAAGAAGUUCGGCAAACAGGUACAGCUCGAGAAGCAGAAGGAGAGGGAGAGGAGUAAGAAGGAGAUGGAGGAGAGGCUGAAGGGCCUCAAGCGAAAACGAAAGGAUGCUCUUGAUCCCCAGGGAGACGGCGAGGACUUCGAUGUAGCAGUCGAAGACGCUAUCUCCGACCGCCCCUCGAAGCGGCCGAAGGGCGAAUCAGGCUCGGGUCACAAACUCAAUCGCAAUGCGCGAGACAAGAAGUUUGGCUUUGGCGGGAAGGGUAAGCGGUCGAAGCAAAAUACUAAGUCAUCAACGGACGACUUUGGUGGAGGGGGUGGGAGAGGGAAAGGUCCCGCUGGUAAGGCAGGCAAGGGAGGGAAGGGGGUGUCGAAAGGGGCGAAGAGGCCCGGGAAGAGCAGGCGAAUGGCUGCUCGCAGUAAGCAUUAGUCUGAUAUCUCCUAUGGUCUCCCGUGUCACUGGUGGAAUAUAUACGUCUGUCUCGAAAUCGAUUCAAACGAAGAUUCAACCGUCUCCAAUAUAUCCCGCUG